ACGCGAGCUCUUUCAUUCGCUCGAGAUCUCGUCGUCUGGCUCCUGCCGCGCCACCCACCCGCUAGCGCCCCCUAUCCCAACCCAUCCUCCUCUGCACCACCCAGGCGCCACCCCAGCCCAGCAGCAGCGACCAACUCCCCCCAGCCUCCCUCUCUCUCCCAGCGCUGGCGAUGGCGGUCACGCGCCUCGCCGUGGCCGCCGCCCUCUCGUCGGCCCCGCCCUCCUCCUCCUCUUCCUCCUCUUCCUCCCGCAGCCGCCGGGUCUCCUUCCCUUCCUGCCGCCCUCUCCCCGCCGCCUCCUGCUCCCGCGCCUCCAAGCCCCUACACGCCACAGCCGCCGCCCCCGUCGUCGACGAGGAAGCCCCCGCCUCCCCUCCCCCCUCAGACGUCGGCAGGGGAGUGGAGAACCUGGUGAUCAUCGGCUCGGGCCCGGCGGGGUACACGGCGGCCAUCUACGCCGCGCGGGCGAACCUCAAGCCCGUGGUCUUCGAAGGGUACCAGGUGGGCGGUGUCCCGGGAGGGCAGCUCAUGACCACCACCGAGGUCGAGAACUUCCCCGGCUUCCCCGACGGCAUCACCGGGCCCGAUCUCAUGGACAAAAUGCGGAAGCAGGCGGAGCGGUGGGGUGCGGAGCUUCACCAGGAGGAUGUGGAGUUUGUGGAUGUUAAGAGCAGACCGUUUGUUAUCCGUAGCAGUGACCGUGAGGUAAAAUGCCACAGCAUAAUUAUUGCAACCGGAGCUACUGCUAAGCGCCUCCGGUUACCUCGUGAAGAAGAAUUUUGGAGUAGAGGUAUCAGCGCAUGCGCAAUAUGUGAUGGAGCAUCACCGCUGUAUAAGGGUCAAGUCCUUGCAGUCGUCGGGGGUGGCGAUACAGCCACGGAGGAAGCGAUAUAUUUGACAAAAUAUGCCUGUCAUGUUCAUUUACUUGUUCGAAGGGAUCAGCUACGAGCAUCCAAAGCUAUGCAGGAUCGAGUACUCAACAACCCCAACAUAACAGUACAUUUCAAUACAGAAGCUGUGGAUGUUGUCAGCAAUCCCAAAGGCCAGAUGUCGGGUAUUCAAUUGAGGAGAAUCGAUACGGGAGAGGAAUCGGUUCUUGAAGUGAAAGGUCUAUUUUAUGGGAUAGGGCAUACUCCAAACAGUCAACUUUUACAAGGUCAAAUUGAACUUGAUAGUUCUGGAUAUAUUUUGGUUGAGGAAGGCACAGCAAAAACUUCAGUUGAUGGCGUAUUUGCUGCCGGCGAUGUGCAGGAUCAUGAAUGGAGGCAAGCCGUUACUGCAGCUGGAUCUGGAUGUAUAGCUGCUUUGUCAGUCGAAAGAUACUUAGUCACCAAUGAUCUUCUUGUUGAAUUUCACCAGCCUGUUCGAGAAGAAACAAAGAAAGAGAUUACAGGCAAAGAUGUUGAGAUGGGCUUCGAUCUAUCUCACACAAAGCACAGGGGGCAGUAUGCGCUCCGGAAAUUAUACCAUGGAAGUCCACGUCUCAUUUGUGUUCUGUAUUCUUCUCCCACGUGUGGUCCCUGCAGAACCUUAAAACCAAUAUUGAACAAGGUUAUAGAUGAGUAUGACAAACACGUUCAUCUUGUUGAAAUUGACAUCGAGGAGGAUCCUGAAAUAGCAGAAGCUGCAGGCAUCAUGGGAACACCGUGUGUUCAAUUUUUUAAGAACAAAGAAAUGAUCAGGACUUUCUCUGGCGUGAAGAUGAAGAAGGAAUAUCGGGAGUUCAUCGAAUCGAACAAAUAGCUGAGCUCAGUGUUCGUUGCAGGUUUUUGAAGUGUAAUGGUCUCCCAUUUAUCCGUGAUUGACUAUGUUUAGAUGCCACUCCGGUGGCCAAAAUUUUCGGUCAAAUCUUCAGAUGGGCCGGGCGCAGUCUGGUGCGAGAGGAAAUUAGCGAAUCGCUCUUAUUGAAUUCAAUGGGGGCAAAAAAUAUAUAUUCUUUUGUACAAUGUACAUCCUAUUAACCCCCGACGUCUACAAUGUGCAUACUUUUAUACGUCUUC